GUCACAUAACAUAAUUUUCUUUACAUCUUCUGUGUCUUCACAAGGGCCUUCAGGAGGUUUAGAGCUUGAGGGUUGUGGAAGCAUCAUUAAGGACUCCAGUGACUGGACUAAACGUAAACCUGAAGUGAACAGUACAGGUGCAGAUGAGGCUCCAACUUACAGCCUACAGUCUGAAGCAGGACACUUUGAAUGCAGCCUCUCUGGCUUGCGCUGGAUCUGUAAGGGAAAGGUCAGCUUUCAGUACCAGUUCAGCUCUGUGGAGGAACACAUGGAGAGGAUCAAAAGCAUGCAAUACAUGCCUGCAGGUCCCCUAAUGAACAUCACAGUCCUUGCUGGGAAGUUAGAUGAAGUGCACCUGCCACACUGGAUCUGCAUAGAUGACAACCCUACGAUAUUAGACAAGUUUGCAGUCCUGCACAUAGAUGACUGUGGAGAUAAUGUGGAAAAAGUGUCUGAGGUCACAUCGUCCCAUGUCAAGCUGUGUGAACCCGUUUUCUCUCUAAAAAUGAUCCUAGUGAGAGUCGGCCUUUCAGUGGAAAUAUAUUGUAACGUGUUAAUAUACAAGACCAACAAGACAUUCCUCACACUCCAUGCUUAUCUGAUCCCACGAGAUCCUGGUCUAGAACAGGUCAUUUUCAUAUCUUACUUUCAAUACCAAUAAUAAUCAGAUUUAGCUUGAUAAAU